UUUGGACAAAAGAACUUAUCUCUGUUUUAUGAGAUGCUCCCGACACACACAUCUCCUGCCUAGAAUCUGCUGCACAUGUGAUUUCACCUGCUCUGUAGGUGUGAUGGAGACAUUUGGCCUGAGGCGAACACAGUCCUUAAAGAGCCUAUCUUGGGUUCAGGAGAGGUCAAGGGACAUGCCAGCUCCCACCCGCUGGGACAGAAAGUCCGUGUUGCAGCUGGUGCACCAUUACCAAAGCUGUGGUGACCUAAGAAGUCAAGAAAGAAUGGGACAUAAUUUCCAGACAUCAGAGAGAUUUUUUGAAGAAGGAUGGAGAGGAGUAAAGAACAGAGACAAUGUGGCUUUAGAAGGAGCUUUAAGAGCUGCAAGUUUGUCAAGAAGUCACUCCAUGGACUUCCUCCCUGAGAGGGAGAACUCAGGUACCAGAGCACUGUGUGCACUGUUCGAGUCCAAGGCCAAGCUGCAGCACAAGUCCAGCUGCAGCCCCAAACUCAACUCAUCAGUGUUUGCUAGAGACGGAAAGACCGGAAGAGACUGCCCCCUUCAGGAUCAGAGAAGCCACAACAGGAGCGCUCAGAAGGUGACCCAGUCAGAGAGCGGAAGGACCACAGAUGGCCUCCCAGAGUCUUACAACAAAGAUUCCAGAUAUUCAUACGAUGACAAACAAAGUACAUUUACAUCGCUGACCAAGAGGGGCAUCCCGACAACACAAGCCAGCAGUACGACAUCAACUUGCUCCUCGGUUAGAGACAAGUCAGCUCGCUAUCUGUCGAAAGCAGCAUCAAUUGACUCCGUUGGAGCAGAACUGAUUGCUACAUCAGUGACGAGGGUUAAAAGCAGCAAGAUGGCUGAGACAGCCAGGAAAGUCAAGGUUUUGGAAUCAUCUCACGAUGAAGACGAUCUUCCCCUCCCACCUCCUCCUCCAAGGCCCUUUGACUACGAAGGGCCCUCAGCAUUAAGUGGCCUCCCCGUGCCUCCACCCAAAGAGACCUUUUCCACAUAUUACCAGCAAAGGCAAAAGAGUGAACUCAAGAGGCUCUUUAAGCACAUCCACCCAGACAUCAGACAUCUUGGUGAAGCUGUGGAUGAUGACAUCAUGAAAGCAGUGCAACCAGAGGACACUGAGGCAACAGCAGCAUAUCAGGGUGAAGUACAAUCAAUGAGGUGGAUCUUUGAAAAUUGGAAUCUGGAUAGUAUCGGGGAAUCUCACGCAACCAAGAAGUUGCUGGACGAAGAGAAUUUAGCAGGUGGAAAUGUCCGAGGCACCUCCUCCAUGUUUGAGCAUUGUGAUGACAGAGCUCUCAUUUCAGAAGCCAAAAGGCAGACCUCAGUAAGAGGAGAUGUGAGAGCAUCUACCUGGCUCUUUGAAACAAAGCCCUUAGAUUCACUGAACCAAAAAGAAGAUGGAGAACUUGUUGAAGCCGUGUUGAAAGAGCCCAUCCGGCCAGGUGAUGUCAGUGGGACACGUCUACUUUUUGAGACCAAACCAAUAAGUGACUUAGCGCGCUGUAACUCCAUAGAGGACAAUACCUUCUUGAAAUUGACGUCUGAGAUCCAGGAACAAAAAGGAGAUGUCCAAAAGACUGUGAAACUCUUUCAGGCGGAACCGAGCUGUGCCAUUAGAGACAAAAGUGGCAAUAUCCAUACAAUCAAAUCCAUCUGCAGGGAGGAGAUCAAAAAUGGAAACACCAGUAGUGCUCGUUGGUUAUUUGAAACCAAGCCUUUGGACCUGAUUAACAAGGGAAGUGAUGGCAUUAAAAUAAUUCGGGGCAUAUCUCUGGAGGAGGGACACCGAGGUGGAGUUGACAGAAAGAGGUGGAUGUUUGAAACCCAGUCUUUCGACAAUAUACAAGAGGUUGCCGGACUGGACACGUUCGAGGACACCUUGGUUGAGGGUGAUGUUAGCAACAAGACAAAGCUCUUUGAGAUGCAACCACUGAGUGAAAAGACGUUGGAAAAGGACACAAUCAUUGGAGGAGAUGUCAAGACAUCCCUUUGGCUGUUUGAAACGCAACCCAUAGAGACUCUAAAUGAUAGCUAUGAAGUUGGAUGUUUGAAGAAAAUCACACUGUCGGCCGAUGAGCAAGGAGCAAUUAAAGACAAAAAAAUAAUGUUUGAGAGCGGCGGUGGCCGUGAAACGAGUUCCUCGGUAAAGCAACGUGUGACUGAAAGGGGUGACGUCAUGGGAUUCAAGCAACUUUUUGAAACCAUUCCUCUAAGUGAAAUUGCUCAUUGUAAGGAGGAGAAUACAUCAGGAAACCAAAUGUCGGAGAAUUCUCCUUUGUAUGCUAUAAAAGACAGCUCUGGAAAUUUUCACAAGAUAACGACUGUCAGCCGGGAAGAAUUCAUCAAGGGAAAGGUCCAAAACUACAAGUGGAUGUUUGAGACCAAGCCGUUAGAUGAACUAACAGAAGGAAAGGAAAAUAUUGAGGUCAUCAAAGGCAUCACAAGAGAGGAAGACACAAUGGGUGAUGUCAAGUUGGCAAAAUGGCUUUUUGAAACCCAGACCAUGGAUGGAAUUCAUUCUAAGUUCAACCAGAAGGAGCCAAGCCCUUCGGUUGGAGCCACGCCUUGCAAAGGUGACGUCAAGGCAUGCAAAUGGUUAUUUGAGACACAACCGAUGGAUGUUCUGUACGACAAAUCGGAGAAAGUCAAUGACAAAGAGACCAUUGAAAACACCGGUGUGAAAUCCAUGACAUGGCUUUUUGAGUCACAGCCAUUGGACAGCAUAAAAGAUGGCGAGGAGUACAAUUUAAACCUCUGUAGCACCGUACAGGAUGCUGUAAAACCCAAGUCAGCUGUUCAAACAGUCAAACGUCUUUUUGAAACAGAGACCCUGGACAGAACAAGAAAUGAGCAAACGGAACAAGAUGUAAGAUGUGUCAGCCAAGUUGACUUUCAGUCCGGAGAUGUCUCAAGAGUAAAAGAACUUUUUGAAUCACAGUCCCUUGAUGAAAUCGGAUCGGAAAUGGUGAUGACACGCGGCGACGAACACAUCCAGAAAGGAUCCGUACACAAAUUCACUUGGUUGUUUGAGAACUGCCCCAUCAACACAAUCAACAAGGACGAUGACGACACAAACAUUCCGAAACCUAGUGAAACUGUGAGCGGGGAUGUAAAGAACAAAAAGUUUAUUUUUGAAACCUCAUCGCUGGACAAAAUCCACGAGGAGCCUCUUGAACACAAGUCAGUCAGUUUGGAAGAGCUGGAGAGUGAUGUUGACGUUAAGUCCAGCACCAUGAUGUUUGAGUCCUUGCCACUGUAUGCCAUUCAGGACAAAGAGGGACAGUUUCAUGAAGUAACAACUGUGAAAAAGGAUGAGGUCUUAAGCGGUGACGUGAGAGGAGCCAGGUGGAUGUUUGAGACGAAGCCCCUCGAGGCCAUCAAGGCAGAAAAUGAAGUUUACGUGAUCCGAGCUGUCACUCAAGAGGAUGUCGAGAAAGGAGAUGUCAAAUCAGCUAGAUGGAAGUUUGAGACACAACCUCUGGACUCCUUUACCAGCAGAGAGGAACCUUCUGUUAAGAUCAGUGAAGAUUUUGGGAGCUCGAAUGUCCAAUUAAGCAAAAAGAAAUUUGAAUCUGAAGAAUCAAACAAGUUUGUAAGAAUGGUUAGUGUCACCGACGUUCAGCGUGGAGAUGUUAGAACCUCCACCUGGCUCUUUGAGAAUCAAACAAUCGACAGUCUCAAAGGAGAACCUCAAGACCAAGGUCCAGUUAAAACAGUCCACCGAGAAGACAGUCAGAAAGGAGAUGUGAAACGCUGCACGUGGCUGUUUGAGUCACAGCCACUAGACAAAAUCAAGGAGCCAGAAGAGAGAUCGUUCCAAGGUUCAGAUGAGAUCAUCCCAAAAGCCGACGUCAAAUGCACCACCUGGCUUUUUGAGACAACCCCACUGGACAAAAUCACCUCCAGCAGCGUCACUGACACCAUGUCAUCCUUAAGUGAAUCCAAUAUUGUUCACUCAAGUGGCAUCAUUGUAGAAGCAAAAGAAGGUCCCAAUGUCACGAUGGCAAAAUUCAGUCUGGGAACCACUGCGGAAGUCCAAAUUCAGAAAGAAGAAGUUGUUGAGGGCAAUCUCCGAAACAUAAUUUUACAGCUCUUACUCAAACCAAGCAACACACAAGUCACCCUUCUUCGAGAAAUGGAAAAGGGAAACGUGAAUACCACCAAAAUCCAACUUCCACACAAUCAGUCAUCGACGAGUAUUGCCAUCGAUCGAGAGCAAAUACUACAAAACACUGUUCAGAUGAUUGAUGAACUUCUUAUGCGAGGUCAAGACUUCAAGAAAGGAAUCCUGAUGCAAGAGACCGCCGGCGGACAAGCGGAAAUGUCUGUCUAUUCACUGAUCGCUCAUGAAACUGACACCCAAAGUGCCAUUAUUGAAAGAGGCGAUGUGAAGUCGGCCAUUGGAAAUCUCUUAGCGAGUGCCAGCAAUCCAAAGACAGCGCCAACGUGUCGAGUAGAUGAAAACGAAAAGGGUAACGUCAACUUCUACAAAAGGUGCAUUGAGAAAGGAGAUCUGCAGUGCCUGAAAAGUCUUCAGUCGGAGGCAUCGGAAGAUGAUGUCGAUGACGUAACUCUUGGCAAAGAGCAGAUUGAGAUUAUACAGGGCGAUGUGAGAGAGGCAAAAAGAAGUCUCUGCCAGCAAAAGGAAGUGGUGGAGCGAAGUAUUUGCGAUGUUCUGCCAGGGGAUGUGAAGAAGACCAAAGAGGUAUUUUCAUCAGAGUGCUCAUUCAUUGCUGAGAACUGCAUUCCCAGGGAUGAAAUAAUUCCUGGGGAUGUUUUAACAGCAAAGCAACAGCUUGCAGCAAAGCAAGCCGUUCUGAUGGAAAAGGAAGAAAUUGUGGCUGGAGACGUAAAGGCGUCGAUGCAGUCGUUGGAACGUGCAAAGCAACUGAGCAUGAGCAUAGAACGGGAGAGCAUCACGCCCGGAACGAUCUACGAUAUGGACUUGUCAUCAAACUGCCCUGAACCGGAAGGAAGUCAAGUACAAAAAGAGACAAUCAUAUCCGGAGAUGUGAAGGCAGCCAAAAAGUCCCUGCAACUGGCCAAGCAGCAAAGCAUGCAAGGAGAGCGUGACGUCAUUGCCCCAGGAAAAAUAUACAACCUGCACGUCGCCGCACAAGAAGGAAGCUCGGCCCGGAUUACGCAAUCGUCUUCCUACUGCAGAAGCCAACAAAGCAAGACUUGUCCACAGGUCAGUGAUGCAGUCAAAGAUUUGGAAAGCCGUAUGUCCUUAGACGCUUGUCAUCGGGGAAACAAUGAUUUUCUAAGUUAUGAGUGUAAUGGUAUGACAACGCAAGAUGAGCCAGAAGAUGUUAUUCGAGGAGAUAUAAAGUCAGCACUUAGGUCUCUGCGGAGUGCAGUAACGGAGCAGAGACUCCCAGAUAAAGAAGCCAUUGUAGGAGGUCAUGUCCACCUAGCGCUGCAAUCACUCGAGAGGUCUAAUGUAAACGUCUCCAAAGGAGAUUUUAGAUCCGCAAUGCUUUACAGGAAUUCAGGCAAAGCUUGUACAGAGAGGAGCAAGCAGAGUGUUGCGCUGUCCAUGCCUCCAUCUGACACAACAUUGUUUCCUUCAAUUUCAGUAAUGGGUGAAGGGCAACCGUCGUUCGCCGUAAACAACUCAACAUGCAACCCGGUACAAAAUGGAGGCUCACCAGGCCUGCUAAAGAAACCACAGAACCCGAAGCCAACGUUGCCACCAAAGCCACAAUGGACUAAACCUGCAGUCAUAGGCGAUUCAAAGUUGUCACCUGCAAAUAAAUGCAAUCCAGUGUCUGCUAAACAUGACCUGCAGCUUCCCACAGACAAGUUUAUUGAAGACACGACUGCGGCGAGCAAGCAAAACGCAAAGCCAAAUAGCACUAAAUUGGAGGUGGAGAGAAAUGUGAUACAGAAAAUUAAUGCAGCCGAGGAGAUACAAAAGUGCAUGGAAGAGUAUGAGGACACAUCCAAGCAUGAAAUGAACAUGAGUUUGCAAGCUGCAUUAAGUAACUUUGAAAGAACAGACAGCAAAAAAGUCAAAGGCCCAAAAAAAGUCAUAAAUGUCAAAGGUGAGGUGAAGAAACCAAUUCAAAACACAAGUGCCGCUAAAAACUGCAGUUCAAUCCUCUCACCUCCUGAAAAACAAUUCUGCAAAAGUGACGAGUCAGACGCAAGCACAUGCCACACAACAAAAAGCACGAUUGACAAUGAGAAUAAAGUCAUCUUGAGACAGAAGAAACCCAGCGAGACAGAAAGUCAGAGACGACAGAGGCUUUCCGUGCAUAUGGACGAGAUCAUCAAAGGAAACGUCAAGGCGGCCAUGGAGAUUUUUGAAAAUAUGAGGAAACGAGAGGAACUCAAGGGGAUCUUAUCACAGGUGCAAGAAAUUGAAGGCGCAAACAGUCAUGUCGACGUAAGCUCAUCUAGUAAUCAUGUCCCCCCAAGUGAAAAGUCAAAGCAAAGCAAAGUCGAGACACAAGAUGAUGAUCUGGAAAGUGUUUCUUCGGUUGAAACGGUAUUUGAAGAUUUGGAGAAGGCGAGCAAGGAAAUCAUCAAUCUGAAGGAGCAAACUUUGGCAAAACUUCUUGACAUUGAGGAGGCCAUUAAAAAAGCGCUCUACUCUGUGUCCAACCUGAAAUCGGAGGCAGACAUCGCAGGCUUGUCAGGACUUUUUGACGAGUCCUUGAAGUCAGAACAACCCGUGACUAAUAUCAGAAAAAUCAGCAUUGUGUCAAGCAGGACAAAAUCGGGUCAAGGAAAAGACACGAGAAAUCACCCCGGUGACUCAAAUCUCCUGAAGCAAGAAGCAACCAAGCAAGCAAACAACCAGGUUAUUAGACAGCCAUCUUCUCAGUCGUCACCAUCAUUCAUAUCCAUUCAUUCAGCUGCCAGAAAGCCGCUCCAACAACCCAAGCCUGCCAUGUCAACAGAGAGCAAUUGUCAAGGAGAUCCCAACCAAGGGUCAACAAAGCGCAAAGUCAGCGUGCUGGAAGUGCAAACACUUCCAGAGGAGCCUGCGGACAUCAUUGGCACCAAGACUGUCAGUGAAACGUACAAGGAGACGGAUGGCUUUGGCAACGUUUUUCUAUCCUCCGUAACGUCAACGUUUGUCACCAAACAGUCUGAUGGUGAAUCGGCUGCUGUGUUCGAGGUGGUCGGGGGGCCAAACACAUACAAAGUCAUCACGUCCCCGUUACUGCAAAGAUCUCCUCGCCCUUCUUCAAGAGACCAAUGAAUUACUUUUGUGUUAUCGGGUUUUGUUGAACAUAAAAAAAAAAAAAAAAAUGUAUGUAGUGAUGACGAUGUUGGCUUUUUAUUUAAAAAACAUA